AUGGACUCCCAGCUUAACCCCGCCGCAAACAUGACCGACUCCAUCCCGGAGGCUAACAAGGCCUCGGCGCCUGCCAAGCCCGCCAACAACGGCAAUGUCACCAAGCGCCUGCAAACCGAGCUGAUGACGCUCAUGAUGUCGCCUUCACCCGGUGUCUCAGCCUUCCCUAACGAGUCCAACUUCCUCGAGUGGAUCGGCACCAUCGAAGGCCCCGAGGGCACGCCUUACGCCGGCCUUACCCUCAAGCUAUCGUUUUCCUUCCCGCAGAACUACCCCUACGUCCCGCCGACGGUGCUGUUCAAGACGCCCAUCUACCAUCCCAACAUCGAUUUCUCCGGCCGCAUCUGCCUCGACAUCCUGAAGGAGAAGUGGAGCGCCAUCUACAACGUGCAGUCGGUGCUUCUGAGCCUGCAGAGCUUGCUUGGCGAGCCGAACAAUGCAAGCCCGCUGAACGGCCAGGCCGCUGAGCUCUGGGACAACGACUUUGAGGAAUUCAAGCGCAACGUCCUCGCCCGCCACCGCGACCUUACCGAGGAGGAGCUUGCUGCGUAG